AUUUGUUCUAUGACAUCUGUAUGGUUAUUACAGAAAUUGAUUAUUUAAAAGUUGGCAAAGAAUUUUAUUCAUCAAAUAUUUUUCAUCAUAACUAUUAUCAUUUGAGGUUAACAAUUAUUCAGGACGACCGUUUAAGAUCAAGCAUCAAAUAAUAUCAAAGUGAAGUGAAGACAGGGUUGUACAGGAAAUAUUCUUUACAACGUUAAAAACGAUUCUGUGAUAAUUCUAUAAUCAAAUGACAUUCAGAAAUUACUCUCAAGUCAGCUGUGCAAAGUGAACUUUCUUAAAAUGGGAGACUACGGCAACUUAACGGAUUAUGAACCAAUUGGUCUGGAUCUGGAAGCUCUUUAUGCACAUAUGCGAAACUAUCCAAACGUUAUUAUCCUAACUGUUGCAUUGGGAAUUUUAUUUCUCAUAGGAACAAUUGGUAAUAUAUUGGUGGUGGUUGUGUUCGCGAGAAGUUUUGUAAAACAUAACUCAACAUAUUUAAUUCUAACUUUGGCUGUGGUGGAUUUGUUGAUAAAUUUGAUUAAUAUUCCUGGUGUUUUAUUGAGAGAAUGGUAUAUACCAUUUCGUAUUGAUAUUGUUUGUAAGCUAUGGGAAAUGUUUCAAAUGGCCACUAUUCCUAUAUCUGCCUUAAUCCUUGUAGCCAUUGCUUUUGAUCGCUACUUUCUGAUAUGUAAGGCAUUUGAAGGUCCCAUUUCCACGUUUUGGUCUCGCUUGUUUGUUGUGGCUGCUAUUGUUAUUGGUUUCAUACUAGGAAUACCGCCUAUGUUGGCUGUUGGUGUUUACAACUAUGAAUACCAUGGCUUGUGUCAACCAAACUUUUUAAUAAUUGAUAAACAAACAUUAGAUAAUUAUUGGAAAUUUCUAACAUCAUUAUUUGUGUUGAUCAUAAUCAUCCUGACCACGCUAUACGUUUUCAUUUUCCUUAAAGUUUACAAACAGAGCAAGAAAUGGAACGGUGUUCGCAAGAACAAAAUUAUUCCUAAUCAAAAAAAGAAUAAACAAGACAAAUCUUGUACAGAAGAGAUCCGAGAUCCCUUGGGAAAUGUAGUUGGUCACAAGCACCCAAGAAUUAAAUUCCACAGAUUUGAGAGGUUCCAACGCUUUUUUGGUUGUCAUGAUGGAGAUGAAAGCAAACUAUUUGAGAACAAAAAUAAUGUCUUUUUAGUAAAUGUGACACCCAUACGGAACCAAGAGACAACCAUUACAGAGAAUCAAGAUCGAGAAUACACAGCAAUCGAACAACUGACACCAGAAUCGUGCAGCAAGAAUAAAAAUGUUAAGACGAUUAAAAAAGCAGCCAAAAAGGUCAAAAACAAAACAGGUGCCGAAUAUCAGGAAAAGAACCAUCGUCAGAAGAAAGCCCACAUUAAAACAGCUAAAGUUUUGUGCAUUGUAACAAUUAUCUACAUCGUUAGUUAUCUACCGACGUUUGUUAUCACACAUAGCCCUAUACACAACAAUAUAUUUCUCUUUUAUUUCUAUUUCAUUCACAGCGCCUCCAAUCCUGUUAUCUAUUCCUUCAUGAAUAAACAAUUCAGAAAUGAGAUUAAAAAACUAUUCAAAAUAACCAAAUAAUGCGGAUGUGAUCUUCACCAAAAAUGGAUUAUUUUGACACUGGUGUAGUUUAAAGUAUUGGAUUUCUGACUUUACUGACAUAUAUUGAUAAUAUAUAGUUUUAAAAGUUUCAGUGAUAUUUAACAAUGUGCAUAUUCUAUUUUCUUCCUACGACUUCAGAUUUAAAUACUAACACUUUUUCCAAGUAACUAGAUCUCUGUGGAUUAUCUUAUCUUAUUCAUUUUCACAAAAAAUCAUUGGGUUUGUUCCCUUAUGAUCUCCUAAGAUUUACAUAACUUAAUCAUUUUUUGAACAGAAAUGUCAAAAUCCCAUGUGAUAAGUUAGUAAUUGAUAUCAAUACUAACUCCAUAGAGACGAGAGAUUAAUGUUCAAAAUUCAAAGUCACUUCAAGUGUAUAUAUAUGGCAUCAUCGAGAUGGUCUUUGUCAAGGUAAGAAAAGACAAGUUGGUCGGAAAACAUAAAUUCUCAUCCAUGAUAGAUGAGAAUCAAAUUAUAAAUGACAAUAUGGGUUAUUUUUAUGAAUUAGGACCUGAGUUUCCAACCUCUGGCUUGCAACUCCGACUGGGGUCACAGAGCACUGGGGUCAUGAUGGACUACUCUGAAACUUUUGAAAAAGUGUUAUGUUUUCAAGAAAAGCAUAUAUAAAUCUUUGAUCUAUACACCUCUUGCCAGAUUGCCAGUCGUCUUUCCUCUCUCAUGCUCACGAUUUGUUUCCUCAGUCUAUCAUAACAACAUUUUGAUCUGUAAAUAAUGAUGAUGUUUCAUAGUAAAAGGUGACUGUUCUUUGAGGGGUCGCGAUCAGAUGAUGGUUUCUGAAAUGGGGUCACAACCAGCAAAAGUUUUGAAACCACAGAAUUAGUAGAAUAAUUUGUGUAUUUUAGACCUACGGCCAAAAUAUAUUAAUUUAUACCCCUUUAGGGUCUUAAUGUACAGUCACUGGUGUCCUGAAAACAGUUCUUAAAAUGUCUUUUUAACAAUUGUGCUUUAGAUCACAAAGUCUAUGAUUGAGUGAAAUGUUGUGGUUUCUGUCCCAGGCCUGUAAAUUGAAUGUGGUUAUCCUCCCACUGAUAAAGACUCUGGCACAUAAGUCAAUUAUCGAUUUACCAUACACGUUAAGUUUGAAAAUAACAUAAUCUCUCAAUCUCUCUUGUAAAGCUUUGUAAAUCAUAAACAAAAAUUUAAAACAAAGAAAUGUCAGAACACAUGCAAUAUAUUUCUUUUAAGCUAAGCUGUGAAGGCCUUGAUAUGAUCACAUUGUCUGAUCUAAAGCAUAAAAGAACCUUUUAAAAAUGUUUCGAAAUUAAAUUUUACUUUCCCUGAAAAUUUAAUACGAGAAAGUGUUAAAAUCUUUUAGCUACAUAAAAUCCAUGCCUUAAGCAAGUAAUAACAAAUAAAUAAGGUGUACAAUAAGAUGGAAGGAAUUGGAUUGUGCAGAAUACAACUUAUUUACUUCCCAUUUCAAAUACAGUCAGUUACAAUUUUGUGAUAGAGUGUGACACAAUAAAUUAUAUUAAGAAUCUUGUUAAAAAAGCGUUGUAUAUAUAUGUAUAUAUAUUACUAUCUUUUCUUCGAUAAGGAAUUAUGUUCCUAGCACAAAUUGUUAUUUAUUGCCAAAGAAAUUAUUUAAAAAUGAAAAUCUAUUAGGAUCUUGUAAAAAAGGAUUGUAUAUUACUACCUUUCUUUUUGAUAAGGAAUUAUGUUCCUAGCAAAGAUUGUUAUUCAUUGCAAAAUAAAUUAUUUGAAAAUCAAAAUCUUCUAUAAAUAGACUCAUAAAAUAGAUUAAACUAUUAAUUGUAUAAUUUUAUUACACAUUAUUGUAUAAUGCAGUACCAAUUUUAAGGUAUUAUUAUUAUUAUUGUAUAUAAACUUAUAAUGUAUAUUGUUGUAGAAGUCAGCUGUCUGUUUCUAUAUUAAAUUCUAUUGAUUGACAAAGUAUUCUGUGAUAUAUCUUCUAUUAAUAUUAAGAACAUCUUUCAUGGAAUUAAUCCAUUAAUUUCUUUUUUGUACCAAAUCAAUUUGUCCUAGUAAAAUGACAAAUUUUAAAUUGACAUAUUUCAUAUUGCAUAUCAUCGUUUUUUUUUCUUUAUAAAUUACCUUAGUUUCAUCCUUACAAAAGACUUGUACAUAGAGGUUCUAUUGUUAUUGUUGUAAAUAGAGGUUCUAUUGUUAUUGUUGUAAAUAGAGGUUCUAUUGUUAUUGUUGUAAAUAGAUCCAUUGUUAUUGUUGUGGAUGUCAGAUGUGUCUGUGUCUAUAUAAAUUCUACUAUUUAAUCAAAUAUUCUGUGAUAUAUAUCUUCUAUUAAUAUUAAAAACAUGUUUCAUGGAA